AUGCCCAGCUCCAUCCCCCUGACUUCCCCUAUAUCGCCCCCCAAACACUCCGACUCACAGGCAUCCAACCCCUCCAGCUUGAACUCCUCUUCCAAAACGGGUAGGAGGUCUGUCCGCCUGUUCGCUCCCGAUGAGGAGUCUAGCUCGGACGAAGAGGGUCUGAUAGGCGUAACGGGGCCCGAGACACCGUUCAGCAAAGACAGCGAGCUCCCCCCCUCGAACCAACGCUCAUCCUCGUACCCUGGACCACCUACCCAUACAUCCCCCACGUCCCGCAUUUCCUCGAUCGUCUCGUCUGCCUCUGCUGCCCAGCCCAAGCUCGCCCGCUCAGUCACGUAUGCUCCAAGCUCUGUCAACUUCCGCCCAUCCUUCCCUAUCAAACCGAAUUCCCCAGAGCCUACUCACAACAAAACUUACGAAAGCUGGAAAAAGACCCGAUAUGGCCCAAACAACGGGGGCCGAGAAGUGCGCGGUGAAAGACAUGGGCAAGGCAGAGGACGGUCUUACACGGACCCCGAUGCUAGCUAUUUCACCAACGGAGAAAAAGAUGAAUACGGCUCGGACGAGGAAGUGGAAGGGGCGAGAUCGCCGGGGUGGAACAUGUUGAACACCACGGGCAAUGUCGACAUCUCUCCCCUUCUGUCCAUCAAGGCGGCCGACGUGACCGAGGAUGAAGGGCAAGAGCGGAUAGAUUGGCAGGGAAUGCUGGAGAGCGUCUUGAAUUCGGAUGUCUUGAAGCUGGAAGAAGCCCGUAUCUCCCAGACAAUGCCUACCGACUCCUUCAAGGAAGAGUUUGGCAGAGCGCUUUGGUGGCAGAUUCGAGCCAAGCUGAGGGGCCGCACCGAGGCAGAAGAAAAGAAGAGAGUACACGAACGGAGAGCUAGGGUGGUAGACAUGGUCUUGGAAGAGAUCGCUACUUUCCGGUACGACCCCGACCUGGUUCUGGAUACCACCAAGGGUGACGACCAUGAAGAUCCCCAAGAUGCGCUCUCGAAGGCUUCCCCUCAAUCUCGAGCGCUCGCCCAGGUCAACCUCGCACUUGCCAAACUCGGAGCUGUCAAAGCUCUGUAUCCGAAUCUCGCAGCUAUGCGAGACGAUAAAGAGAUUUACACCUCUGCCGACUUUCGAUCCCGAGCCGAUGCCCUCACGGCUUGGUCCAUCGUGGUCAGCUCUCUCCAAACACAGCUCCGUUUGCUCCAGAAGUGGACCGGUUCAGACGACCUCGAUAUCACCAAGCCUAAUACCACCAAGGAAAAAGCGCUCGUUGGCAAAUAUCGAUACCACCCUCUUGAUCCUAAAGCCAAUCAUCCUGGGGGUGAUGCCGCAGAUGAUUCAAGCUUCCUGGAUCGUGUAAUGAAGGAAGACAACCUUCAGCGCACGUUUGAACGACGCGCUUUCGUUGACAUGAUCAACCUCAUUCGCAAUGCCAAGGAGACGGUCAUCGAUUACUCUCCUUUCUUUGAGGUUCAAAAUCUUCCUGACUUUCAGUAUGAGAUGGUCAGGCUUAUUGGCUUUCCGGGACGUCUCAUUAUUGAAGCUGUCAAGGUCAGGCUAGAUGCCGCAGCCCGUCUUGUGGACCCAAACCCCAUGGUUGUUGCCGACUUUAUCGAAAAUCUUCGCCUGUCCAUCUCUUUGGCCGUCCUCAUUAGGAAGCAGUAUGAAGAGAUCAUGGCUCCAGACCCCAAGGGUCGAUGGGCAAUGCCCCCAUGCCUUCCCGUCGAGUACAAUGAUGUCCUAUUGGAUGCUUUGCGGGCAUUCUUCAAGCUUCUGCAUUGGAGAUUACGCGGAGUCGGAAGGGCGAGCUAUUACAAGGAGACAGAAGUUCUGGAAGAAGAAGCUUCUUUCUUGUAUGAAGCGGCUGAGGCUAUCGAAGGUGGUGACAUGGUCGUUGCGGAGCAAUACUGUGCUCUUUCCAACAAGCUCCUGAUCCGGUCUGCGAAUUACCUGGACCAGCAGCUCCGGGUGCCUCUCCAUCACGCUCGUGACCGGAACGAGCGAGAUCGGUCAAGAGACCGUGAUCCCUUGGCUCUAUCCAAACCUGGCAACAUGAAGCUCGAGGAGCUCUUCUCUUGGUACUCGAAACUACUCGACUCUGCUCGAAUGCGUCAUCGGAAGACCCAGCGCUUCUGCCGGAAACUCACUCAGCGAUUCGACAACUCUGCUGAAUACUCGCUGGAAGAGACCGACAUUGACCCACUCGUCCAAACAUUACAGGACACUGGGCAUUUCUUGGUUUAUACCAAUCAGUUCGAAUCUAAAGGGACAUACAUCGUCGCAGACGGGAGCCUGUGGGGCUUGCCGGACGAAGUCCGACGAUUACUGCACAGGGUGUUCACGCUCGGACAAAAUGUCAAUGGUGCCGCGACUCCUCCAGACCCUGCCGACUUUGAAGCAGAAGACGUCGAGGACGAGGCGAUCGCUGCAUACCUGUUGCUCAUAUCGCCUCGACAGAACUUUGUCUGGUCAGGAGCCGUCAUGACUCUAGAUGUUGACUACAUCGAGUAUGAUCUGGCUGAUAAUCGGGUGCGGUUGAUUGCCGAUGGUCCCACCAAGCGUCUGCUGUUGUGCAAGCACUACUUUGCCGAGGCACUGCUGAAUCCGGAGACGGGAGAGCAGAGUAUCAACCUACCAUGCGUUGUUGAAGCGCAAGCUCAUCUCCCCACCAUUCAAAGGCAGCUCAUCAAGAUUGCUAAGUCAUCCUACCGAUUGUCCGAGUGUAUUGUUCAAUCGGCGCCCCUAGUACGCAAUGCCUUCCGCGGGCAACAGGGUUCCCAGGAAUUGGUCGAGAACUGGUAUAGCUUUGCAACCGAGCAUGGUACCAGGGCUAGUAUACAUGUCGACCCCAGUGUCUGGGAUCGCUUCAGUCGACUGUUGAUGAGGCUGGCUAUCAGCUGGAUCAGUUUCAUCAGCCAAGAAUGUAACCCCACAGACCGCAAAACCUUCCGAUGGACCGUUGCUGCUUUAACAUAUGCGUUCAACAUGACGCGGGGCAACAACAUACUUGCUCUUGACCGGUCAGAAUUCUCACUGCUAAGGAGAUAUGUUGGAGCCUGUGUGUCGCUGUUGAUCAGUCACUUUGACAUUCUGGGAGCUCGAUCAAGUCUGGAGGCCAAGAAGGAGGCAGAGCGGAUCGAGGCUAUGCGCAGGCUACAGCGUCUGCAGGAGAAUCUCGACGACGAGUUUUUGCCGCGUACUCCUUCGCCCUCCGGCCAACCUCGCUUGGAUCGCUCCAUCCGCCUCACAGUGGAAGAGCGCUUGAGACUAAUUGCCGAGCUCGAAGCGGGGAGAAAGGAUGCGGCUCCUGCGGCCGUUGGCCAGGUCUUGGACGAGGAGGUGUCAGAAGACAGAGCGCUUGUGUUCUUGGCGGCUUCGAAAUCUAAUAUCUCAAUGCGAUGGCAGCAAGGCGCCUACAUUGGCGGAGGCGCUUCGGGCAGCGUAUACUUGGGCUACUCUCUACAAGACAAUGCGGUCUUCGCUGUCAAAAUAUUGCCCACCGUUGAUCUUCAAAGCAGCCCGGCUCUGUAUGAGAGUAUCAAACGCGAAAGUGAUGUCAUGAGCUUGCUCAGUCAUCCCAACGUCGUUGGUUUCUUGGGUUUGGAAGUCCAUAGGAACAGAGUGUGCCUCUUCCAAGAAUAUUGCGAAGGGGGCUCCCUAGGCGGCAUGCUGGAAUACGGCAAGAUUGACGAUGAAGAAGUCGUCGGAGCUUUCACGAUUCAGCUGCUGCGAGGACUGGAGUACUUGCAUGCCAACAGAAUUGAACAUCGAGAUCUUAAACCAGAAAAUAUUCUCAUCGGUGCCAACUCUGUCCUCAAGCUGGCCGAUUUCGGUACCGCCAAGAUUAUCAAAUCCAACAAGACUCUUGCCCGGACGCGUGGCGGAGCUCACGCCAAGAUGGAAGGCCUUGAAGGCACGCCCAUGUACAUGGCGCCCGAGAUGAUCAAGAAUCAGCAGACGGGGAAGCUGGGAGCUUGCGAUAUAUGGGGUUUAGGAUGCGUCGUUCUGCAGAUGACAACCGGAAGAAAGCCCUGGAGUUUCUUGGAUUUCGAUAACGAAUGGGCAAUCAUGUUCCAUCUCGGUGCCACCACAGAACCCCCGCCACUGCCCGAUCCCAAUGAAAUGUCCGAUCAAGGUAUCGUCUUCAUUGAAGGAUGUCUAUCUCUCGAUCCGGAAGGAAGGCCAAUGGCAAGCGACUUGUUACAAGAUAUAUGGUUAGCACCAAUGCUGGAGCAAAUGGCCGAACUGGAGAUGGAGUACCCUGAUGUUCUUGCCCAGCAUGACUCAGCAGGACCUCUUCCAGAGGAUACAUCUCUCACUAGCACCCCAUCUUUCGUAGAAGACGUUACUCCUCCGCCUCUUGAAUAG